AUGGCGGUUGCGAGGGACGGGCAACGCGGACGUGCGUCGCGUAAGAGAUCGGGACGGGGGUAUAUAAACUGGUGGGUAUCCGGUCUGGAGGUGCAUCCUCUGCUGGUCUCAUGCCCUUUCGUCUCGCUCGUCGUGCGCGAGGCUGGUGAUGUGCUCGCCGUUGAGCUCGGCCUACGCAGCUGCGCGCGGUCGCCGGACGCAGCCCUGUCGCGCACAGAUGGUGCCGAACGUCCCGCUCGCUUGCGUCUACGCGAUCCGGCAUCCGGUAGGUCCAUCCACGCGCUGCACGCCUUGGCGGCACUCGCGUACCUACCAGAUCAGCCCCCGCUCCCUGACCAACCAGCAUGCAAUUCGCUCGAAUGCAUGCCCCUGCCGUCCAGCCGGUUGCCGUCGUUCCCGCAAGACACGUCGCCGCCGGAGCGCUGA